CUCACCUCACUCUCUCUCUCAACCUCCUCUCUCUCUCUCUCUACACAUCUCAAAUCUCCAAAAUCCAAAACCAUGCAGCAGCGCCACCAUCAUUACUCAAACCAACCCCAUUUCUCCGCCGCCUCGGGUCCCGCCACUCCGUUCGGGUCCCAUGUCAUCGUCCCCUCCGCCGGAUCCGAGUCCAAGCGCGGAAAGAGGCGCGGCAGUUACACCUGCGGCCGAUGCGGCCAGCCGAAGAAGGGCCACAAGUGCCACCUCCCUGCCAACUCCACCGCCGAUGACGCGUUCGUCGAUGAGGCGCCCUCCCCUUCUCUCUCGGACAUCCGCCCCCCUCCGUCGCCACGUCAGCCGCCCUACUCCAACCUCCGCCGAGCGCUAUCGUUCGAUGACGAUGUGGAUAGUUCUGGAGGCGGCGGUUUUGACUCUCCGGACCUUGAAGAGUUCGGAGACUCCGGGGACGAUAUAGAUUUGGCUACGGGUUUGGGCGGUCUGCCGGCGAGCUGUCUUUGGGAGAUUUUGAAGAGGUUGCCGCCGCCGGGGCUGUUGUCGGCGGCGAUGGUGUGCAAGGGGUGGAGGGAGACGACGAGGAGAUUGUGGAAGGCGGCGGAGAUGCUUAGGAUUAGGGUUCCGACGAGGGCUCAGGUCGGUUUUGUUGGAUCGGUAUUGCAGAAAUGCCCGGGCCUCGUGAACCUAUCUCUUAGAAUGGAAAGUGAUGUGGAUGCAACAUUGCUGGCGUGGAUUACAUUUUCAUGCCCAAAUCUUGAGUUCUUGGAGAUAAAUACCGCCGGAAGCGCUAUCAAUAGGAUCACGGGGGAUGAACUGGGUCGUUUCGUUGUUGAUAGACGAUUCCUGAAAAGCCUUAAGAUGGAAGGUUGUUCUAACUUAUGUGGAUUUUCUCUCUGUUCAUCAAGUCUUUCUACAAUUUGGCUUUCGGGUCUUUACUCCCUCUCUAAGAUGGUUUUCAAUUGUCCCAAUCUAAAAGAGAUAUCUGUAGACUUUUCUCACGAAGAAAAUGAUAAUACUGAUCUUGUUACCAUGGCUGAUGUGCUGGGAAGGAAUUGCCCAAGGUUACAAAACAUACACAUUGCAUCAAUCCGGCUUUCCAACGCUGUUGUGCUUGCCCUUACAGCAGCAAAGCUAAGGGGGUUGAGAAUGCUUUCUCUUGUCCUUGGGUCUGAAAUCACUGAUGCAUCUGUUGCUGCCAUUGCUUCGAGUUACCAGAACUUAGAAUUACUUGAUCUGAGCGGAUCUAGCAUCAGUGAUAGUGGCAUUGGAAUUAUUUGCAAUGUGUUCCCUGAUACUCUAUCGAGACUACUUGUUGCUCUUUGCCCCAACAUCAGUUCAAGUUUCAUUCAAUUUGCUACAGCGCAGCUGCCCCUGCUUGAACUCCUGGACUGUGGCAUGACCAUAUGCGAUCCUAAUUCUCCCUCUGAUGAAACCAAUGUCCGUGAACUCCCUCAAGCAUCCAAUGAUAAAGUACACAACAGUUACCAGAAGCUGAUUAUCAAACAUGCCCGGUUGAAAAAACUGAGCUUGUGGGGUUGUUCUGGCUUAGAUGCUCUGUAUUUAAACUGCCGAGAACUCAAUGAUCUGAACUUGAAUUAUUGCAAAAAUUUGUACCCAGAGAGAUUGGUGCUUCAGUGCCCCAAUUUAGAAAAUGUGCAUGCAUCAGGUUGUCAAGAAUUGUUGAUUGGGGCCAUUCAGAGCCAGGUUGAUAACAAUGCUGCCGCGGAUAACCUAUUACCAUGUAAGCGCCUAGCUGAUGGCUCGAAGAGGGUUGGGGUGCCUCAUUUUCUCAGUGCUGAACAGCCAUCUGAGGAUCAUAAGAAGCGAAGAAAGAUCGAGAGGCGGAAGUGCAAUGUGCUUGUGUUGUGAGCAACCUCGUUGGAUGCCAUGUUGGUUUCACAAGGCUCUCUGUACUAUUACCCUGUCAACAUUAUGUUUUAUUAUCCUUAAUCACAAUAGGGUAGGGUUGGGGGCUGUUGCCUUGUAGAAUUAUUAUUUGCCUUUUCUUUCAAGAAAACUAAAUGUUGUUUUUAGCUUUUGGCUUCAGAACUAAUUAGUCCAUUUCCAAAUUGGAGACAUUGGAUUUCAUAAACCUCAAUUAAAUAAGGGGUUGUUUUAUUACAUUUAUGUUUUAUUUUUAGGUUGUAUCUUAAUUCUACUUUUCUAACAAUAAACAUGUUUUGAUGUUGUUUGUUA